ACCACGUCACCGAUCAGCUGUUUAUGCUUUUGGGUCUAGCAAUAAUAAAGAAGUGCAUAAAAGCUGAACUCCUGUGAAAUGAAAGAUCUUUGAUUUUUUAAAAAUUAGUUAUUUCCGAAAAAUUAUUAAAUAUGAGUACUCACGAGGAGGAUGAAAUUGAAGACUUACGAUCGACGGUUUACACUUUUCCCAGUAGUGUACAGUCAGUUAUAGAACAGGUUUUGCCCAGUAAUGAUCCACUGGAUCAACCGAAUUUCAAUACGGUGGAUUAUAUAAAUUCUUUAUUUCCAACUGAACAGUCCCUCUCGAAUAUAGACGAUGUUGUCAGUAAAAUGGAGUAUAAAAUUUGCAAUAUAGAUAAAGAAAUUCGCACUGUUGUUCGAGGACAAAUAAAUGUUGGUCAAGAUGGAAGAGCAGCUUUGGAAGAUGCACAGAAAGUUAUAAAACAACUCUUUAUUCACAUCAAGGAUAUUAAAGACAAAGCAGAACAGUCGGAAGAGACUGUAAAGGAAAUAACUAGAGACAUUAAGCAACUUGAUUUCGCAAAAAGGAAUCUGACUGCUUCAAUUACGGCCUUAAACCAUUUGCACAUACUCGUCGGUGGAGUUGAUAAUUUAAAAGUCCUCACGCAAAACAAGCAAUAUGGUGAUAUUGUCUUACCACUUGAAGCAAUUAUGGAAGUAAUAAAACAUUUCAAUAAUUACAUGGACAUUCCACAAAUAAAACAGUUGGCAGAUGAAGUUCAACAAAUUCAUGUUGAAUUAGCUCAGCAAAUAACUUCUGAUUUUAAAGAAGCAUUUUCCGGACAGAAUCCAAAACACUUUUCACAAUUGACGGACGGUUGUCUAGUUUUAUCUGUUCUGGAACCAAAAGUAAAAAAGGAGUUGCUUACUUGGUUUGUGGGAGUUCAACUUGAAGAGUACGCACAUCUAUUCGAUGAAAAUCAAGACUUUGCUUGGCUCGACAAAAUAGAUAGACGUUACGCUUGGAUAAAAAAGCAUCUUUUAGAUUUUGAAUCAAAAUUUGGAACCAUAUUUCCCCUUGACUGGGAAAUAUCUGAACGCAUUGCUGUUCAAUUUUGCAAUGUAACUCGUCAAGAUCUAACGAAAUUAAUGCACAAAAGACGUCCAGAAAUGGAUGUUAAAUUAUUACUUUACGCCAUUCAAAGGACGACAAAUUUCGAAAAUUUAUUGGCCAAACGUUUUUCUGGUAUCACUUUGGAAAGUCCGGAGACGAAUAUUAAAAGUAUCGCAAUUACACCUGCAGUCGAUGAAAAUGCAAUACCCGGGAAUCCAUUCGAAGAAAAUGAGAAAAUUGAAAAUGAAAAACCACCAAUUUCGCCUUUUGCAAACUUAAUUGGAAGAUGUUUCGAGCCUUACUUAAAUAUUUACAUAGAGAGUUUAGAUAGAAAUCUUUCCGAUUUAAUGGAAAAAUUUGUUAUGGACUGUAAAACUCAACCACCAGGUGCAAAAGAUUCAGAUGGUGUUGAAGGACCCAGUACCGUUCUUUCGUCUUGUGCGGACUUAUUUAUUUUCUACAAAAAAUGCAUGCUGCAGUGUACUCAACUCAGUACCGGAUCGAUUAUGUUGAAUCUUGCAGAAACUUUCCAGAAAUACCUACGAGAAUAUGCUUUGAAAGUCCUUCAGAACAAUUUACCCAAAAUUGGAGGAAGCGCUGGAAUUGGCACAAGUAUGAGUAACAUUACGAGAGAUUUCCGUGAUUUAUCCACGGCUGGACUUAUUCAAAACUUUCAGAGUUUCUUAAAAGAAGGGGAAAACACAAGAUUCAGUAAAGAAGAACAAUCGCGAAUUUGUUGUAUUUUGACAACUGCUGAAUAUUGUUUAGAAACCACCCAACAAUUGGAAGAGAAACUGAGAGAAAAAACGGAUAAAAAUUAUGCUGAAAAAAUUAACUUAUCACAGGAACAAGACAUUUUUCAUAAUGUUAUUUCCAAUUGUAUUCACUUACUGGUUCAGGAUCUUGAAACUGCUUGUGAAUCUUCAUUAAUUACUAUGAUUAAGAUGCAGUGGAGUUCAGUUGAAAGUGUUGGCGAUCAAAGUGGUUACGUCAGUAACAUAAUAGCUCAUCUUCGUCAAACUAUACCCAUAAUUAGAGACCGACUAUCGUCUUGUAGAAAGUAUUUUACGCAACUCUGUGUUAAAUUUGCCAGUUCCUUCAUUCCGAAACUUGUUCAACAAUUAUAUAAAUGCAAGCCACUAAAUGCAGUAGGAGCGGAGCAGUUAUUACUAGAUGUUCACAUGCUCAAAACUGCCCUCUUGGAACUUCCGUCUACUGGAUGUCAAGUUCAAAGAAAACCACCCGCGACUUACACAAAAAUCGUUGUUAAAGGAAUGGCGAAAGCUGAAAUGAUUUUAAAAAUUGUAAUGUCCCCCACUGAAAAUCCAAGUGCCUUUGCCGAUCAAUGCAAGAAACUUCUUCCAGAUCUUCAAACUCCCGAAUUUCAGAAAAUUUUGGAAAUGAAGGGAUUGAGGAAAACUGAACAAAUACAGUUAUUAGAAGAAUUUAAGCAACGAAGUCAUUCUGAAGGCGUUUCAGAACCAAAAAAUAUUGUUCAGGACAGUCCAGAACAUGAGGCGGGCAGAAUCAAGAGACUGGAAAAACUAAUUAAAAAGAGAAUUUAAAUUUGCACGAAUUGUGUGCACUUUGUAAAAUAUUUAAUUUGUAGAUAUUCGUUUAAUAUAUAGUUAUUUAAUAUUU